CGGGCUUUAGGACCUUGCGGAAAUGUAGCUCGUAUACAGUAGUUACGCCAAUGGAUACAGAAGCGGAAGGAAGUGAGGAAAACAAACUGUAAGGCGCUGAAACGCUGGCAGAGCACUGGUAAUUUCAGAUGUUCUGAAGAACUCUUGUGGGUUAGUAUGUGGCAUUCGGAGUUGGGACAAUUUUUAACAAGCAGUAAUUCGGAAGAAACGCGUCUUGAGGCAAUUCCAGUGUUGAACGUGCAGCCCAAGGAGUUUAGUUCACAAAGGCGGCGGAGUGACACUGAGAGACGUGAAGAAGAUCCCGAAUCGCCGUUCAGUUUCGCUCCGCAGAGAAUGAGAAUAAAUACUGACCACGACUUCUUUGAAGACGGGGACAUCCACAGACAUUUAUAUUUACAGGAUGUUGCCACCAGUGUGGCGGUCGCUUCUCAGGUUCCCACGGUGUCCGAGUUCAGGUGCCACAUCUCCGGCUGUCACCAGCUCUUCAACACACUCGAAAGCUACGAGCAACACUACAGCUCCGUUCACAGGCACGUGUGUUCCAGCUGCAGACGUCACUUCCCGUCGAACCACCUGCUGGACAUCCACAUUCUGGAGUGGCACGACUCCUUGUUCCAGAUCAUGGCAGAGAAGCAAAACAUGUAUCAGUGCUUGGUUGAAGGGUGCAGUUCAAAAUUUAAGACAAACAAGGAAAGGAAAGAUCACCUUAUUAAAGCGCACCGCUAUCCUCCAGACUUCAGAUUUGACAGAUCAAAGAAGACAAAAAGCAGGCUUCCACGGAAGGUAGAGCAGCAGCAGCAGAGCGAUGUGAGCAUGGAUGUGGGCUGUGAUGCUGGCAUGGACUGCAGGGAGCCUGUUGCUCGGGAGUCAAUGGAGCCCAGCCAGUCCCAAAACCCAAAUAAUUUGGAGGUCGUCAUGUUGGAACACAAGCCAAAAUCGAACUACUCCUCCAAGGUACCCACGACAGUCUGCUUUGGGGCAGGCUCGGUCCGUGGAUUCCGAGGAAGGAGAAAAAAGUGAGAUAUGAAAUGCAAAUCUCAGAGGUCUGUGUUUGUAGUGAGUUGAAAUAAUGUUGUAACAUAUAACAUUUCCAACAAUGGAAAAAAAAACAUAUAAAAACAUUUCAGUGGGAAAAUGAAGACAUCCAAAUUUCCCAGUUUCCCCCUAAAGUAGCAAUAUAAUGAUUCGGAAGUCAUUUUUUUAUUUAAUUAAAAUUAAAGUUAACCUGAAGUAGGUUUGUGUUCAUUUUAUGUUGGUGAAAUGUUUUCCUGAAUCAAUUCGAGGUUUAUGCCUGUAGUUAGUAAUGUGCCCAGAUGGUGGCGCACAUGCAUUCUGUACAUGACUUUGGCCAGGCCCAUACUCAGAUACUGGACAUUUUAUGCCGUAAUUAUUUAGAUAGUUGAAUAUUCUUUCCUGUGAACCGUGUAAUGGCUGAGCUCCAUCUGUAAUUUAAAUCUUAGAUGACACCUCGAGUUUCUUUCCUGCUUCUCCUCCAGGAGGAUGCUUUCAGCGAAACACUUCAGUAGGCCAAAGCACUUGGGACUAGUGCAACAUACUGUUAUAACUUUGUGAAGCACUAUCUCAUCUAAACAGAAAUAAUUGACUCAUUUGAAAGUGGAGGUGACCGUGCUAAAGUAACCAUUAUUAAAUUGAGACUAUUGAUUUUAAUGCCUAGUUUAAUUAUUCCUUUAAGGCACUGCCCUUUUUCCAUUGUCAGCAGUAGUAAUUUAAUUAAAGUCCCUUGCUGUACAAAAUUGUAAAAACACAAGUAUUUACAAACCACAAUAUUAAAAAAAAAUGUAUACAUGCAUGCAAAUAUUAUGCAGAAACAAAU